GAGUGAGGGGCUUAGAUUGGUCUGUCGGUGAUGUAGCUUCGCAGAUCCCAGCAGCGUGCUUUCAUUGCAUAUUUGUCAUGAGCACGACUGUGUGUGCGUCCAUGUGUGUGAGUGCGCGCAGUGGGGGGUAUACACAGAAAGUUUGAGUAGGAGGCACUGAGCGAGGGAAUUCCAUUUGUAUGGAUCUGUGUGUGUGUGCGUGUGUCUUUGCACGCUCCAAUGCACACUCUUUGUGCAUUUCAUUUUCAAAUAAUGUGAGACAUUGUUUCAGCGUUUCAAUAAUCGCAAUGUGCUUCAACAUUAUGCAAUGUGCUUUGAAUUGCCCUUCAUGUGUCUCAAUCCACUCAUCUCGUAGCAAUCUUGCAUUGACAAGCAUCAGACUAAUGCAAUUGCACUGUCACGCAUGUGCAGCCUCCAAUGCACAUGCGUGCGCUCGCCACGCACAGGUGCACAUUGCACACACGCACACAUUUGCGGUGUGAAGGAGACGCUGUGCUGUUGUCACACAAACUCCUGUUCUCUCUCUCUCUCUCUCUCACUCCACUAUACACUCCGCUUCCCCUUUUAUCUUACCUCAUCGGUGCGUUUUAAGGGUUCAGCAAUCUCCAUCUCCGCCCCGAUUCCACCUGCCAACCGUUUAAUCCUUUUCUCACACUGCUCAUGAAUCUUUUCAGAAUUGAAUGCUUAAACUUUUACCUUGUCCCCUGCCGUGCUGUGCGAGUCUGUCCGUCCGCCGGACAGGUAUUUCGUUUGGGCCGACAGCAGCUUGGCUUCGUGGGUGACGCUGUGUGAUGCACUCAGGGGACAGUAGUUUGGACAGCGACUUUGUCCAGCAGAGAGUUGUCCCCCGGGGGGGCGGAGGGAGCGGGCUGCGCUACAUGGAGCGUGCUUUUAGGGCUCUGGACGUGUCGAUAACGUCACUUGUUUUGUUUGGCUGGACUUUGGGAUUAUUUCAUCUCUGAGUCCCUUGUAAGAGAGCAUAAAAAACAGCAACUAACUGGCCACGGAAAGAAAACAAUGUUUACUUUUCUUUCACAGAUACCCAAACAAACUCCUCACAUUUGUUCACAGUUGGCUCAGUUUGCUUAUCACGAUCCUUUGGCCUAGAUACAGAUUUCAUAUAAGGAUUGUGGCUAAAAGAGGACAGAUGGAACAAAUCAUUCCUUGCAGCGUAUUGUAGAAGUUUUAAGUAAUCCAGGGAGCAUUUACGGAGACUGGAACAAGAAGGGCGGCCGCACGUCACUUUAAGUGAUGAGCUCCGCAGUGGCUUUGCAAGAUGACAUUUGUGUUUCCUUCUUAUGUGCGUUUGUGUGUGAGGGGAGUUUAUCCCUGACAUAAUUGCAUCCUGUAGUGUUACUUUCUUGAUCACUACAGCAUUGAAAUGACACAAACCUGCCAACAGCAACAGAGAUAGUGUGACCAAUCAGCCCAGAGUGUUAAUGUACUCACAUCCCAAACGUAAAGCUGUGCAUCACAAAAGUUAUUGUGUGUUAAUUAUAUACUGAUAUGUUUCAUACUAUACUACAUUGUGUGCACCAACUUCCCUCAGUCGUUUACGCAGCUUUCAUUAGGAUUUCAUUCCGUGCUUCCUCUGUAUUGCUGCCUACCUCGCUGAAUAUUUCGUCCAAUCAAACAGACACAAAAUAAAUGGUGGGGUGAAAAGGUAAAUGAAUACCUCUUAGCUAAAACAAGUGUUUUUAUGUUCUCUGCAAUAAUGGAUUAUUUCCCAUCCCCUUGGAGCAAUGAAAAAUAAGCUGUCAACACCACACUCACACAUCAUACAUUUUUAUGUUUUCCGAGCAUCAUUCUCACUCAUUUAGACUCGUGUUUUUUUGGGCACCCGGUGAGUCGCAGCUCGGUUUUGGUCUCCAAACAAACUCCUGAAGGGAAAUGUCUGGUGAUUUAGCCUCCAAGUCCCCCCCGCCUCCCCCGAGUCGACCAGCUAGACGCUUCGUCUUGGUAUUUGAGAGAUUGGUAUGCACGUGGUGAUAACUUUACUUUUACAAAAGGAAAACCAAAACCCCAGAGCCUCGCAGGCUCUGUGUGUAGGUGAGGGUUGUUUAUCGCCGCAGCUCGUGCCCGGUGAAAUACGGCUGCUCGUGACGGAUUGACUGUAACGGGCAAAGCUGAAUGGCAGCGCACUCAUCAACAAACAAUCCAGCAUGAACAUGCUGCUGCUACAGUUCCACACAAGUCUCUGACAGGAAUAACAAUGAUUGUGUUCACUGUGUUGCCCCGGGUUUAUAAUGAAUUAAAAAUCGUAAUUUAAUUUGUGUUUGUUUGUGUAAUUUAAUUUGCUGUUCAGCUUGAUCAAACUUAAGAUUGCAUCAGUCAGAGGCAGCUGCAUCAGUAGCGCCGUUUUAGCGAUGGAGGAAUUUAUUUUCUCGUGCAGAUCCCGGGCCGGAGAUUAUUACACCGCUUGCGUGUUGCUUUACUUUGCUUACUUGCUGAUUUUUAGAUCAAUUUCUGUUGAACGUAUGCCGUGGUCGUCUCCUACUUCAGCUCUGGUUGCAUUUAGAUCCGUUUACAUACAAAUCGUUGUGUCCUCUAUGGCGCAUCUGCAUAAACUAAACAUCGCCCGGUUUUGUGCAGCACACAAUGCUUACCAGACCAAAUGUUUGUGCACAGGCAACCUUCUUCCUGGGUGUGGAUUUCUUUAGACAGGGAUGCAAACAACACACAUGCUCCUGCACCGUGUGUCCUGUGAGCACGACUGCGUGGUAAAUAAGUGCAAGUAUAACUCUUACCCUCUUGCUCUCAGGGCCAAUAACUGAUCAUAUAGCUUUUCUUAGUUCCUCUCCGGUUCCCCCUUAAAUGCCCUGACACGCUGAUGCUCCUGAUUUACCACUUCACUGAACCCUAACCAUGACAUUUCCUCCGCUGCCAGGGGUUGUUCCCUCCUGCUUCCCCCUACCUCCGCCUGUCUGCGUCCCUCCACCUCUUCUCCCUCCUUAUUCAGAUUCCUGCUCCUCUCAGUUUGCUAUAUGUCUCAUAGCAUCUCUAAAUAUAACCAGGCGCGUCUACCUCCUCUCCUUCCUCUUCCUCUCUGUGCCUCCUCUUUCCUCAGUCCUGUAUGACAAAUUUGAGCGUCCGAUCCGACACGCCUUUACGUAACAAUUCAAUCCGCAGCACCUUUUACCAGCACAGUAAGACCCACAGGAAUUCAACGCCAUCUUCGGCCACGAGAGAAUGAGUCACCGAGAGAAGAGCUGCAAAAGGAAAAGAGUCCUAAAAUCAAAAGGGAAGAAAGGAGAGCAAAAUUAUUAUUUUUGAAAUAGAGAGGCCAUUAUGUGGAAGUACGCAGGCCCAUCCCAUACUUUGGUCAUCCAACCUCCUGAGGGCCCAGAGGACAAAGGAAGUAGAGAAGGAGUGUCUGCCAAGAAGACCGGCCAACAUGAUGCAGACAGAAAGGAUGCACAGGCGGCCUUCUCUCCCUCCCUGCUUGUUUUCCGGUAACCUCCCCAACCUCAUCAAGUUCGUCUCACUGGAAAGAGAAAUAAAGAGCAGAAGCGCACACAUUUAGAAGAAAAAUGAGAGUGUGGACAUUUCUCAUAUUUUUAUUUUAAUGAGUAUUUGAUGCUGCAGAUAUUUAUUUUUUUAUAAAAGGGACAAACGCUAACCCAAAUUCAUCACAGUGAUCUUUACUUAAUUUUUAAAAACUGUUGUUUGUUGCAAAGCAAGUCCUCGGAGAAUAGAUUUGAGAUUUGCAGCUGCACACAAACCUAAAAAAAAGAAGAAUCUCAUAUGUUCUGUUCUGUGAUGCAACUAGAACUUCUAUUAUACAAAUCACUCACUGUUCUAAUGAUAUGAAGCAAUGGGGAGAUCUCCUUCCUUGUUGAAGUACUGACACAACUAGGCCUUCACAUCAAACUGCCCGCAGAGCCUGUGGAUGUUGGGGGAGCGAGAGAGGCCGGAGAAAUGGUGAGUAAAGAGCCCAACCACCUGCUCGCAGGCCAAACCAACGGCAAGAGCACCUUGGCGGACAAGUUGCCCGGGACGAUGACCGUGCGCUCCGUGCUGCUCAAUCGGGACUCCCCAGAUAUCGAGAGCCGCCUCAAGCGCCGCCGCAACCGCACCCACCAGGUCCGCUUCAAGGACCUGGAGGACGGCAGCAGCAGCAGUGGCAACAGCGGGACGGGGGAAAACAACAGCCAUCAGAGGCCGGCCGCGGAUUGCGACAGCCCGCAUCCUCUCCGCAAACACGGCAGCAGGUCCCCCAAGCCGUGGGCCGACAGGGAUGGCCCGCGGACUCAGAGCCUACCUGGCUUGACCUCCGUGGUGGGGGCUGUGCGCGGGGACAUGGCGAGUACCAUCGAGGUCGUUGCUGCUUUCUUAGCCAGGGCCCCUCCCCAUCCAUUGACUCCGGGUCCCACGCGCCGGUGCUGGGCGCCGCCACAGGCCAACUCCUUGACCUUGCCAAUGACGCGCAGGCCCAGUACGAGCACCAGCACAGCCAUCCAAACCUCCCCAUGCCUGAAAAAGCCCCAGCCCCUCCCUUCCACCCACACACGCAGCCACAGCCUCGGGGACUCGGUGGGCAUGGAUGGGGAUGACGAACAUGACUCUCCGGAUGAGUACCUUUCGCACAACCAUCUGCCGGUGCCCGGAUCCAAGGACCCCAACGGUCCUCCGGCGCCCGGGGAUCGAGCUGUGGUGGAACGCAGGUCUAAAACCUUCAGGACUGACGUUAAAUCAGCUGUUAGCGUGGUGAAAAACUCUCGGCACAGUUGCCCCCCCUCAGUGCUUCACAACACUGAGCCCUUUCCCUGUUCGUCCGUUCCAUCCUGCCGGGAUGGCCCCAAGCGCCAGGCGAGCAGCACCCCGUCGGCGGUCAGGAGGAGAAAGCGACUGAGCAGGACAGCAAGUGAUCCUGGAAAGGAAGUGCUCUACUGCACCACCCCCACUCAAACUGAAAGGCACAGUCCGUCCCCGCCACCCGCAGACGCCAAACUCUGCACCACUCAAAUUCAAACGGAGAGCUCCUCCCCGUCUGAAAACUCAAAGUACUGCACCGCCCAAAGUCAAACCGAUAGUCAACAUAAAUCUCCACCUUUGAGUGAAAAACAAUGCGCGACUCAAAUCCCAAUCACCGACUCAUGUCCGACGCUAUCUCCAAAUGCUGAAAAGUGCACCACUCACAUGCAAACAGACUCGCCAUGUGAAGCUCCUCCAAAUCAUGAUCCCUGCACCACCCAGACGCGAACGUGUAGCCCGUGUGCUUCCCCGCCUCCGACUACGUCACUGAGCUCCGUGCAAAUACAAUCUGAGAGUCCCGUGUCCCCGUCUGCGAGUAGAGAUCCUCCCGCCACCCACAUAACUACUGUGCCUUACUGUACCUCUCCCCCACCUGCAAGUGCACCGACACAGACCCCUGAACCCUGCGCUACACCACUUUGCCCCUCUCCCGCCAAGCCAGCUUGCGUCUCCCCACCUCCACCCGUACCACCGCCCACUGCUGCGACUCCCGUUGUCCAACACCCGAUCCCAUAUUAUACUGUUGUUUCACCGCCGACCACCCCCAGCACAGUCUGCUCCAGUCCUCCCCCAACUGCACCAUCGUGCCCCAGUCCAAACUGCUCCUCCCCUAUCUCAAGCGUAGUGUCAUCGGCUCCCCUAACCUGCUCCACCCCUACCCCAACCGUAACCCCCAUUAUAAAUCCUGUCGACCCCAUCAGACAUCCAACCACUGCCCCGAGCGUCACACACGAGCAGCCACACGGUGCAUCCAACGCCAAACCAUGUGCAUUUGUAACUCAAACUGCCCUGUCAUGCACCUCCAUAUCAUAUUACUCUACCACACAUUCGGUUAAUCCCCGCGCCCCUCACUCGAACUCCACUCCACCUUCUUACGCCACGCUCAUACAAACUGUGUCUCAUUGCAACAUUCCAUGUCAAGCUCUGCAAAAUACCUCCUCUGCCAACACAGGCGCAGCCCCCUACUCCUCCCCAGUCCCCAAAUUAAAAUCUUGCACUUCUCCGCCACCACUCGUGAAAACAUACGCGUCCACUCUUCCCAACGCACAAACGUGCGCGACACCAACUAAAGCCGUUCCCCUCUAUUCUUCCACAUUUCGCGCUGCCCCGCCUUACACGCCCCCCUCUCAGGCGCCCCAUAACGCUCAGGAUAAGAGGGGGAUUCGACUUCCACCUCCACCCCCGCUGCCCCCACCUUACACGCCGCGCAAAAAAGAAGGCGAUCCGCCGGGUCGUGCGAUCCGAACGCCCAUGCUCAGGGCAGACGGCAAGGCCGGCAAGAGGGACAAAGACGGGGACAAGGGGAAAAAGGAGGACGUAAAAUGUACAGACUCUCCCAAGCUCUGUGAGAGAGCCAGCUCUCUGAAGCACAGAGCUCAAACUCCGCCAGUUGCUGCGAUGAAGGGAGAGAAGCAGUCCUCCUCCUCCUCCUCCUCCUCCCCUGCCAAGGCCUGUUUUAAGUCCAGCUGUCUCAGCUCAGCCCAGGCUCAGCUUGGGGCUCUACACAAAAUGCUCUGCUCAGGACCCAACGCCAGGCCCGGCACCCCCAACAGCCAACACCCUCCAAACCAGCCGAGUGGCUCGGGAGCCAGGGGCUGCUCCGCCUCCGGGGAGCGGCCUGCCGCUGGGCCCCUGACUGCCACCCAGGCGGACACACUGAGACAGGUCCAGGAAAUUCUGGGAGGGUUGGUGUCAGGCGCCAGGUGUAAACUGGAUCCAGCCAAGGUGACAGAAAAGCUCCUGGGUCCCAACGGACCCCUGCACGAUAUCCGUAACUUGCAGACUCAGCUCCAGAGCCUGGAGGGGGUCCUGGAGACCAGCCAGAACACCAUCAAGGUCCUCCUGGAUGUCAUUCAAGACCUUGAGAAGAAGGAGGCAGAAAGAGACGGCUCUGUUUUUGGUCUCAACCAACUCUUGAGAAGACAUUCAUACAGGACCGGACAGGACAUUGAGAACUGCGGGACCUGCAGGGACUGCGCCUGCAUCAUCUAUAGCGUGGAGCACGACUUUCGUCUGCAGGAGGGGCAGGUGGUCCGCACGUGGAAGGUGGGAGACCCUCCCGAGGGCUCGCCACAGACGCCAACCCCCCAGCCCUCCACACCCCACCAACAAGACUCCCCUCAGCCGGUGCGGCCGCCUGCCGCCGCCGCCGCCGCCAGGAAGAACAGGAAGAAAUGCUUCUGGUUCCUCUGAGUGCAGGCAGACUGGAGAGAAGGACGUUUUUUUCCAUAAACUAACCCGGAAAACGACAAACUAUGAAGACAUGGAAUGAGCCGGAGAAUUGAAAUAGAUGAAAUGCCAACGUGAAACUGUGGGAGGAGAACUGGGUACAGAGGUUGUGGCUGUGCGGCUGUGCAGGAGUCGAUGAGAAGGGUUUGACUGGGGCGCACAUGUUGUUUCUGCCCUUGAAAUGCCUCUUCAGCACUUACAGGUUUAGUACCGGUGCAGGUGGAGUUCAGUCCACAAUAUGACUCACAGAAGCAUUUAGGAGACCUAAAGAGAAUAUAUAGUGUGUGGAACGGGGUAAGGGUCACCGUACAAGAGGCAAUACAGCAGAAAGGAUAUUAAUAACACAUAAAAUGAAUAAAGUUUAUAGACAAAGAGAGAAAAAUACAGAGGAUUCAUCUUCAUUAAUGGACUAAUGAGGGUCAGAACACCAGCUUUUAUAUCCAGAUACAUUUAAAAAGAAUUAUUAUUAUGACCUGUAUUUAACACUUUUAUUAUACUGUAAUUGACAACACACUACACAAUCCACAUGUACAUACAGCACACACACAAGUGCAUAGAUAAACAAAAGAAGUGACAUAUUUACAUAAAAGGCGUGUGUAAACGGAGACAUCGAGUGAGUUGAGCUACUCUGCUGGGAUGCUAUAUUUCAGAUAUGGAUUACAGCUCUAUAAAAGUAUUUUACCACA